AUGGUCUCAAUACUAGGCAGGGUUCUGGAGGACCCUAGUCUGGCGGUAUACACUGCUGUCCCGGCUUUGAUCAUUGGCAGUUUGGUGUAUGUGGUGUACCAGCGCUACUUUCAUCCACUAGCCUCCUAUCCAGGCCCGUUUCUCGCAUCCGUUACAGAUUUAUGGCAGGUUUUCCAGUUCUUGGGUUUGAAACAGCCGUAUAAUCUGACAGAACUCCACGAAAAACAUGGACCCUUUGUGCGAUAUGGACCUGAUAAGCUCAGCAUCACCGCCGAGGAGAUUGUGCCCUUGGUCUACCAAAAAGGUGGCAGACUGAUGCCAAAAACCGAGUUUUACGAUGCCUACGGCGCUGCGAUUCCCAAUGUUUUUGGCAUGAGAGACGAGGCCGCACAUUCAAUCAGACGUCGUUUGAUGGCGCACAGUUUCUCCAUCUCCAGCGUUAGGGGAAUGGAGCAGUAUCUCGAUAUGAACAUUCGAAUCAUGCGGAAAAAGAUUGCCAAGUAUGCAGCCCAAGAGCAGGUCUUUGAUCUCCAAAAGGUCCUGCACUACUAUACCAUCGACGUCCUCGGGGAGCUGGCGUUUGGACAGUCCUUUGGGGCCCAGCUCUGCAACGAUGAAGAAGAGGCUAUUGUUCCACCCGUGGUUGAGCACAGCUGGCUUGCUGCCGUAACUGGAGCUUGGCCUAGCAUGACGAGCACGCUGAGGAGACUGCUUCCCUGGGUGCCGCAUGCCGGCUUACAAAAGCUCGUCAAGGGUCGCAAGGAGUGCGUUCAAUUGGCUGCACAAUGUGUUCAAAGGAGUUGCGACACCCUGCGGGAAAAUUCCGCUGCCGAUUUUGAAAAGAAUGUGAGCGUCAAGCGCAAGGACAUCCUGACCAGUCUCAUUCAGGCCAAGGACCCAGAAACGGGCGAACAACUUCGCCAGGUUGAUUUAGAGACUGAAGCAUUUGGUUUCAUCAUUGCGGGAACCCAUACUACGAGUGCAACUACAUCGCUCCUAUUCUAUCACCUCCUCCACGCGCCUGAAAUUUUGGCAAAGUGCAUUGCAGAAGUCGAUCAGAGCUUAGAGCGACUGACUGCCAGCAAACUCGCUUACUCCAUGGCCGAAGUGGAGUCCUCGUUGCCAUACCUCAAGACUUGUAUUAGGGAGAAUUUCCGACUGACUCCCGUCUUUACAAUGCCACUUGCCCGCCGCGUCACUGCUCCCGAGGGCAUUACGAUAGCUGGAAGGCACAUUAGGCAAGGCACCUCCGUGGCAGUGUGCAAUCACGCAUUCCAUCACAACCCGGACAUCUGGGGCGCAUCGCACAAUGUGUUUGACCCCUCGCGGUGGGACAUACCAGAGAUCAACCAUCGAGCACGCUACCUGAUGCACUUUGGUCUCGGCGGUCGACAGUGCAUUGGCAAGACCAUUGCCCAGACGAAUAUCUACAAGGUCAUGAGCACGUUGUUGUCCGAGUUCAACUUUGAACUAGCGAACGAAAAUGAACGCGAAGCUGUGCGAAGGGGGGAUUUUGUCGGGAAACUGCCGGAGCUGAUCAGUGUUGGAAUCAGUGACUUGAAGGAUCCAAUUUGGGUGACUGCCAAACCAAGACACUUGUAA